CCAAUUAGCGCGCACAAAUCACAUCACGUGACAAGGAUGGCUCGUCAUGGCGGCUGGGGUAAACUUGCAAGAUGUACGAGUUGAAGAGACUUUAAAAAUUCGUAUUGGUGAAGCCAAAAAUCUGUUAUCCCGCAAAGAACCCCGCUCGCUACGGAACUCGUACUGUGUUGUUACUCUCGACCAAGAAGAAGUUUUUCGCACGAGCACCGUAGAGAAAUCGUUGAGUCCAUUCUUUGGUGAGGAUGUUCACUUCGAGGUGCCAAGGGACUUCCGCUCUUUGUGUUUUUAUUUAUAUGACACAGAUUUGAUAGGCAGGGACACAGUUCUGGGAAAGGUUGCAAUAAGAAAAGAAGAUCUUUACAAAUAUCAUUCAGAUACAUGGUUCCCAUUACGACAUGUCCAUGCGGACACUGAAGUCCAGGGACGCAUUCAUCUAGAAAUCCGUCACUACGACAACACACUUGACAUUCAAGAUGAGGAGCUGUCCAGUACUCCAAAGCUCAGCAUCAGAAUCAUUGAGUGCAGUGAGCUGUUUGCCUGUAGUGGCGGGGUAUCUGAUUCCUACGUCAGUGUUAUAAUGAUUACUCCAGUUUCCAGGUCAGAACCAAAGAAAACACGAGUUAAAAAGAAGACAGUUAAUCCACAGUUUGACGAAACAUUUCUCUUUGAGAUCCCAUCAGAAGAUCUGGAAAGUAGAGUUUUAAGAUGUACAGUUUGGAGUCCAAGUAUGCUAGGAGAAGACAUUUUUCUUGGGGAGGUCCGUAUUCCUCUCAAUAAAUGUGAUUUGAGCAUUGUCCAUGAGGGAUGGUACUGGCUAGGUCCAAGAGAAGAGAGAGACUCCCCCGCCCAACGGCAAGGCAGUAUAGGGUCCUUGAGGCUCAAAGUCUGCUAUACAGAGGACUAUGUGUUCCCAUCGUCAUAUUACGAACCUCUGCGAGAAGCCAUUCUGGAGAUUGAAGGACAUAAGGAUGUGACCACAACACCAGCGUACAUACUGUCAGAGAUAGUAAAGGACAAACUGACGGCUGCCAGAGCACUUGUUAGGGUUUUCACUCAUCAUAACAAGGUUGUCGACUUUAUCAAGGCUGUAGUGGAUCAUGAAGUCAACACUACAGCGGACUGCAACACAUUGUUCAGAGGAAACUCGCUAGGUACAAAGGCGAUUGAUGAGUUUAUGAAGCAUGCUGGCAUGCAAUACCUACAUGAGACCAUCAAGACACUCGUGGACGAGAUUUACGAAGAACGCAAAUGUUGUGAAAUCGACCCUUCCCGGCUUAGAGACGGUGACUCCUUGCCGCAGAACUUGGCGAAUCUGCAGGGUUACGUCAACAAGCUUUGUGCGGCGAUCACAUGUUCUGCUAUGGCCUGCCCCACAGCCAUGUCCAAGGUCUUCGUCACCAUCAGGGAAUCCGCUGUACAGAGGUUCUCAGAUGAGCCUGAUGUGCGCUAUACAGCGGUCAGCGGGUUUGUGUUUCUACGAUUUUUCGCCCCUGCCAUCUUAAACCCAAAGUUGUUCCAGAUGCGAAACGAGCACCCGGACCCCCUGGUAGCACGAACGCUGACGUUAGCUUCUAAAGCCAUCCAGAGUCUCGGGAACUUGGUCAGCUCUGUUAUCUGUGGCCAGGUCAAAGAACCGUACAUGGAGAGUCUGAAAGCAAUGAUCCUAGACCAGGACCACAUAACUGCAGUCAAACGGUUUUUAGAUGCAAUCUCGUCAACUGUAUGUGCCGACGGUCUUCCGGUUGACUUUCCGACUGUGCUAAAAGAGGGGUCUUUGAUAAAGCGAGCUCAAGGGCGUAGCAAAUUUGGAUUCAAGAAUUACAAAAAGCGUUUCUUCGUCCUUACAAACAAAGGACUGGCUUACUACAAAGACAAAGGGAAGGCCCAGAUGUGUAGCAUCCAGCUGAAGGAUAUCAAGGGGGUGGAGAGAGUAGGCGAGGACUCAUUUAAACAGAAGCUGAUGUUUCAGGUGUUGCAGCCCGACAGACCGAUGUACAUACAGGCCACGAACAGCGUUGAGGAGAGGGAGUGGAUCAUGGCCUUGCGAAAGGCGUGUCAGGGAAAUGCUGAUUGUGCCCAGACCUAUCACCCCGAGGCUUACGUCACCGGCAAAUGGCUAUGUUGUAAAGAGCGAAGUGAAAAGGCCGAAGGAUGUCAGUUUGUCACAGAGAUUCCCCAGCCUAAGUGCGUGAACGUGGAAAUCGAUUGUGAUCGCGAGAUUGAGAGGAUCCACUCGCUCUUCCUGGUCAAUCUGGACAAACUCGACGAGCUGCAAGUUGAGUCCGAGCUGAUGUGCGAAUCUUUAGCCGGAGACAACUCCGACGCGCCUGAUGAAGACCAGGACUGCUGUGUUGAAAGUCGUCGAGAGAGGCUGCGUACCAUAAACACUAUUCGCUCCCACGUGAUCAGCCUAGAGCAAGAGCACAAGCAGUACCGAAAGCUGUCGCACCGCCUGACAAGACACGGCAGCAAGAAAUGCCCUUGGGGCCCUACACACGACAGUCCCGACCCCUUACGGCAUGUUAAAUUAUGACGUCACGUAUGACGUCAUCAGGUGAUUGAUAUCCUAGAUAGGUAGUUGAGUAUAUAAUUUAAUUGAGUCACGCGACUACGGGGAACACCAUACACGACGUUUGGAAUCUAUGUUUGUUCUGGCGUCAUUACAAUAGCAUGUGAGAAAUCUUGUCCCGCUCAGUUUCGAUGACUAACGUAUUCGUCCUGCAUUUCUAGAUAUUUUUCUCUAGGGCCUCUAGCGGAAAUACGCGCGUCACUCUGGGUUCCCGAGGAUGUCAAUAAAAAAUGAAACGGAGACGGAGAAAGUAGUGUAUACGGUCAAACUUAGUGUGAAAAAGACGCAAGCGGAGAAAGAAAAAAAAAUGAACCUUACCGUUGCUUCCUUCUCCGCCUGCGUCUCCUCCGCUGUGAUGUACACACGGGCGCUAAGCAUUUUACGCCCUUCUCCGUCUCCUUUCCUAGUGUAGAUAAGUCUUACGAAUUUUAAUCUUGGCUAAACGCCAUGGCUAUUGAGUAAUACUGAUUGGUCAUGUUGUGUCACGUGAUUGUUUUCCCGUCUGUGAAUGGUGUUCCCCGAUGCGUCUAUGUAUGAUUCCAUGAUCUCAUCCUAGACAAUAAUGAUAAUAUCACUAAUAGAAUAACGCCUAGAUAAGUUUUAUGCAUGAACAAUUUUAAAAGGUGAAUCGCAUAGAAAAUAAUAUAUAACUGCAU